AUGCAGAUCGAGAUUGUCGUUGGUGCUUCCCAAGCAGCUAACGUAAUUCCGCCCACUAAGAAGUCGCUUGCCGAGCGCACCACUCAGCCUAAAGCCCAGCCCAAGUCUGCGGCCAACGACAAGCGCAACAACGCCAAUGCCAACAAGGGCGCUGCUGCUGCUCCCGGCGCUCGUGGCAAGAAGCCCCAGCGCCGCGUACGCACCACCCGCCCUACGAAGAAGACCGCGGAGGAGUUGGACUCGGAGAUGGCUGACUACUUUGAGUCGAGCGCCAACCCCGCUGGCGAGAAUGCCGCCGCCCCUGCUGCGGCUCCGGCCGCCACUGGCGGCGAUGCCCCUAUGGAGGACGAGAUCAUGUAA